AUGUGUUCAAUGAAUUUAUUGUACUUGCUCGCAGUUUCUGCGCUCCUGUCUGCAAUAAAUUGCACAAAAAUCAAUCCAGACACUUUCGGAGAAGGUACUUGUCAGUACCCUGAUUGUGCCCCGCAGCUUCCACCACCAUCCACUUACCAGCCAUACGCCUCUCCACCGCCUCCAGCACCAAUUAGUCCGCCUCCAGCACCAACUCCGCCUCCUGCACCAACAGGGUACCCGCCAUACGGUGUCACUCCACCGCCUCCUGUUUAUCCAGAGAAUUGUCCGCCUCCACCGGCUCCUCAGGGGUACUCUACUAGUGAUCAGCAGCCUGAUUUUAGUCCUCCUAGUCCACCUCCGAGUCUGUACACUUAUUUAAACGAUACUUGGAUUUCUGCUGCAUCAUUUCCUGCUAAAUUGCCUUCGGUCUUUAAUCUCUGUGGUGUUAUUUACAUCCUGUUCUUGUUUGCAGCCCUUCGUAUGUUUAAUUAG